GGGUAUACAGCGACGUUAGAUUUUGGGUACGCAUACAAACAAACCCUCUUCUUCCUUUCUCUCUCUUUCUCUCUCUCUGGCAUCCCACGUGGCAGUCCACAAGCACAGACACUUUCAAAACACAGAGAGAGCCAGAGCUUCGAGACACAUCAUCCAUGGCUGCCUCUACUGCAACAUCUUCGGCUACUUGUAAUAUCCAUGGAAAUCUCAGCCACACCAGAACCUUCCUCUCCUCCAAACCUCACUACCAUUCCAUCUCUGGCCGUCCCUGCAACUCCCCCUCCAAAUCAAGACCUUUAACUAUCGUUUCCAUGGCACCCCAAAAGAAGGUGAACAAGCUCGACGGAGGCUGGCAGAAGAAGUGGUACGGAGCCGGAAUCUUCUACGAAGGAGCGGAAGAAGUUGAGGUGGACGUCUUCAAGAAGCUGGAGAAGCAGAAGGUCCUCAGCAAAGUUGAAAAGGCUGGGCUUUUAACCAAGGCAGAGGAGCUUGGGCUGACCCUCACGUCGAUUGAGAAAUUGGGGCUGCUUUCGAAGGCCGAGGAGCUUGGGCUGCUCAGCCUGCUCGAGAAAGCUGCAGGCGUCUCUCCCUCAGCCUUGGCCUCGGCGGCGCUGCCGAUUCUGGUGGCGGCGGUGGCGGCCAUCGUGCUGAUACCGGAUGACUCAGGGGCGCUGGUGGCCGUGCAGGCUGUGGUGGCUGGUACGCUUGGGGCUGGCGCUGCUGGCUUGUUAGUUGGGUCAGUUGUCUUGGAUGGCUUGCAAGAAGCCGAUUGAGUUUCCCACAAAAAGAGUCAAAAAAAACGAAAAAAUAAAACAGAAGAACAUCUGUUUCUUUAUAAUUGUCUUGGAUUGGAUGGCCUUUUAAUUAUGUAUGUCAUAUAUACUAAAUUGGAGAAGGGAACUAAUAAAUGUUUUGAAAUUGUUGGUUUAGCAAUGCAUCAAGGAAAAUUUUGGAAUGGUUG